AUUUACCCUACAAACUACUCGCGCUUUAUAUGCCAUACCUACAUUGAGUCGGGAAAUCUCUAGAAUCACAUAAAUGUUUGUUCAUUUAAAUCACACAAUGGAUUUUCUAAAUAAUCGUGCUCGGAUCAUUACCAGUAGCGAUGGCUGUUUGGUAUUCGAUAGGAAAAUUUUAAACCAAAAUUUUAUAUUUCAAAAUCUGACAAAAAUUUCAGUGUAAUCACAUCUAGGGUGUCCAUCAAGAGAAAAAUUUUCGGAAAUUUUUCUGGUUGUCAUGGACGAAUUUGAAAGUAAGAACUUUUGAUUGGCUUAACAUACAGGUUUAAAAUUUUCCGAGAAAAAAUACUCCUUCUCUGGCACACUAGCAAAAUAAAGGUAAAAAAAAAGAUUAAUAGUACCUGUUUACUUUUUAUUCAAGGGUUUAUUUCAACUGUAAACUGUAAAUCAAAAACUAUAUAGUUCCCAGGGACGUCUCGUUUUAAGUGUGGUUUUGAGUCAGUAUGUUGUAAGUUUAUAGUUUAUUUAUUUAAUUUGUGACGUGAAACUAGUUUUCUGACUGUUCUCAACCAAUAAAAUUCGCUCUGACUGGUUUGUGAUUGUUGUGCGAACAGGCCUAAUAUCACAAAAUUGCAUCGACAACGACAACCCGGCUAAAUAAGUGCUAAGUGAAUUUAUUUGAAGUCGGUUGGUUCAAUAAAAGUUGUCUGUGAGGUGAGUUUCAGUGGAUCCGGAAUCCGUGCCUAUAUUUAACUGAAUAUAAGGCAAAAUGAUUGAAAAAUAUCUACAUUGACAUAAGUUAUCUUGAAUCUUGGUACACUAUUAUAAGCUUAAUCCACAGACAAAUCUAAAAAGUGUCACCCUGUAUACAUGAACAAAAAUAAGGCCCUUCUUCUGGCUGCAUCUCUGGAUUAUAUGGAACGUGCUCCCGUAAAUUAUGAAUAGUCUCAGUUGAAUCUGUCUCGCGGGUGCAAGCACCGACGUCAGCUGUUCCAGACAUUUCCUGCAGUGCAGUCUAGCCGGCUCUUUGGUCCUUCUUCGGAGGUUACUGCUCCUAAAACGUAUACCUAUCGAUUUGUCUGGAACGUGGAAAGCUUACUUUCUGCAUAAACGUUUUGUCGAUAGUUGCAGUUUUUUUUUUUUGGCUUGAACAUUAUUGGGUGUCAGUUUCACUCUUGUGUCUUAAGAUUGAUUUAUAAUAGUGAAUAAGUGCGUCUAUACUCUGGACUCAGUGACGGAAUAUUUUUCUAAUAAUGUUCUGGUUUAAAAUAGUGUCGUUGAAAAACCUGUUAAUAAAAUUUUUGCAUAAACUGAUAUUAAAUUAAAUAUCAUAGGCUACACUCUCACUAUGUUGUAAACCUGCUCGUUUAUUCUUAAUUGUUAUUACACACUGAGAUAAGCGUUUAUUUGGACAAAAUGAUAAUUCUGGGUGUGAGCUUUUGCGGCACGCGGGUGCAAAAUGUUCCUUUACCCGCAGUGGAAACUUACGGAAAAAUAACUGAAAAAUUAGUGAAAGUUGAAGAAACUUCGGGUAAUUGUUUUAUUAUGCUAAGAAGUCCCUCGUUGACUGAUUGUUUAGACAAAAAUGACGAUUCAGAAGGGAAAAAUGGCGUCUUGUUGGUUACUACUGUUUCUGUGAUGAAAAAAAAAGUAAGUGAAACCACUUCUAACAUUUUAUCGAGAAAAUUACUGCAUUUGCUCUAAACAGGACAGAAGUUUCAAAUGAUAAUACAUAAUUUGAAAUUUUAAUUUGUACAGGAUUUUGGAGUCAAUUGAAAUUAAAAAAAAAAUGUUGUCUUCUCUAUCUGUUAAGUAAUUUAGAAUAAUGUUAUUUGUUCGAAUAAUAUACUAAUAAAUGCAAGUGAAACAAAUUAAUAAAUCAUAUCCCCAUAGAAAAUUUGCUGUAUUUACCUUAAUAUCAGCACAAAUAAUAUUCAAUAAACAAAUUGUUGCUACAUAGCAGCAAGUACAAGCCAAAAAUUGCCCCAAUAAACAUUUUAAACGAUUUGGUUUGGUGCUGGUCGAAUAUCUACAUACUAGUACCAUAAAAAGUGGUAUUUUUAGGUUCUGACACCAUAGUGUGGCUUCAUUUUCGCGGCGACCUUCAAACAAUUAAGAAGUUUCGGGUGAACAUGUGUGGUAUUAUUUUGUUAAAAUGUAGAAAUUUGUUGUUUUACGGACAAGUAAGAAUAUUUUGAGGGUAGUUUUUCAUUAUUUUUGCGAAACAUGUAAAUUAAACAACUAUCUUAAUACGUACAGAAAAAUGCCUUUUUGUUUAUUGGGUUUUAUGGAAAUUAAUGUUUAAUUUUGAUAAAACAGGACACUUUUCACAUUUUCAAUAGUUACUAAAUUAAAUUUGUAUUUUUUAUAAAAUGUAUCUUGUUCAUUUUAUCGUUCCAAAAAUAAUCUAAAAUUUCUUAUCAAUGACAAUUUGAUAAAGAGUUUUAUAGAUAAACAUGAGAAUUUUUUUGCAAGCUGCUAGUAUUCUCGGGAAUGUAGGGUGACAACUUGUUCAAAUAUAAUUUGUUUUUCAUAGAAUUUUUGUCCUUACUUCAUGUACAAAAUUUAUUUAAACCACAACAAUGUCGUCCAGUGAACCUCAGUCAUUAAACUAUAGUAUAAACGAGGAAAUGAACAAUAACGUUAUGAAAAAGGGUGGCGCCAGUGAAGACGAAACAUUGGAUAUUGUUGAUCCACACAUAUUACUUGAAAAUUGGACUGACAGUAACGGAGAUGAAAGCGAUGUUAUACAUAAUUUUAUGCAAGCAUCCAAUGAUGAAGCCGAAGCACGUUUAUGGGCCAAAAGACAGGCACGCGCGGAAGCGCGCGAAAUUCGUAUGCGCGAACUGGAACGUAUGCAACGAGAACAAGAAGAAAACGCGGAUCGACAGUUCGACAUGCUGGUGGCCUCUUCUGAUCCUGCUUGGGGCCCCAGGGGCCGUGGCACUUCAGCUACAAGACACAGACCAGCUAGCAGGAGAAAUUCUGAAGACUCGUUAGAAGACAGUGGCAGCGGUGGUGGCAGUCUAAGAGAUCUGAAGGCGGAGCUCAAAGAUGUGGAAGAACGAUUUAGGAAGGCUAUGAUACAGAAUGCUCAGCUGGAUAAUGACAAAACGGCACACACUUAUCAGUUAGAACUUCUCAAAGAUAGAUUAGAAGAAUUAGAGGAGGAGAAUUCGCAAUUAAAAAGAGAACAUAGGGACAAGUGUAGGGAAUUUGAUCAGUUGCAGCGGCUAUGUCAGCAGCUGAAAAACGAUUUGGGAGCUUAUAAAUUUGAAUUAGAAGAACGCGAUAGGAUAAUAGAAGAAAAAGGACUAGUGAUAGUAUACGGAGAUCCUGAAAAGGAGGGCGAUCCGCCUAGAAAAGCUUUAAUUCAAGCCGAAAAUGCUAGAUUACUUGAAGGUGGCGAUGGUAGCUUAGAUGUGCGAUUAGCUAAUUUUGCAAAGGAAAAAGGCGAGCUUCAAGAUCAAAUUAGUAGUUUAAAAUUAGAAUUGGAAGAGGAAAGGAGCAGGCGACGAAAGUCAGGAUCGGGUAGUUUGCUAAAUGGACCAUCAUCUGACUAUGACCCUGACGACUUACAAAGAGAGGCCAGCAAACAAUUGGCAGACUACAAGUUUCGGGCGCAAAAAGCUGAACAAGAUGUUGCGACACUUCAAGCCACUGUUGCCAGAUUGGAAAGUCAAGUCAUCCGAUAUAAAACAGCAGCAGAGGUGUCCGAACAGAGUGAAGAGGCACUAAAAUUGGAAAAGAGGAAGCUACAACGAGAAGACUCCAAUAACUCCCUCACUGACAUUUCUUCCAUAGACGAUUCUGUAUCUGAGGCAAAUAGUUACUAGAGCUUUUUUUUUGGUACCUAAAUGCAAUGGCUAGAGACGCUCAGAAUCGGGCAGACGAACUGGAAACGAGCAACACACACCUCCUUAAACGUCUAGAUAAGUUGAAAACCGCAAAAUCGACGCUGCUGAAAGAACUUUGACAGGACAACAAUUUGCCUUAAACAAAAACGGCUCCUUACCCCUCAGACCUAGGUGAAAGAUUUUUCUAGUGAGUGAAAUAUUCACUCAUCAUUAUUAUUUUGCUAAUAAUUGAAAAUUGCGCCAUUCUUUAUUUUGUUUUGCUUAUAAAUUAUUAGAGAUGUCCCUCAGUUGUCUUUAUGUUUUAUUUUAAUUUUUUGACAUUGCAUACCCAUACAAAAAAAAAACUAAUAUUAUUUGGUGACUCUCUGAUAGCUAUUUAUCUUGUGUUACCUAUUAGUGAUAUUGGACAUUAAUAACGUUUUCCAUUUUAUAAAUUAUUUAUAUUUAUUGUUUUUAACGGAACUUUUUUCAAACUAAAACAAAUAAUUUUCAUUAACACAUCGUUGUCAUUCUUAUAGUUCUGCAAUUUUUUAUUUUCAAUUAAAAAAAAAAGUUACUACAGUUUCACUGUUACUGUUUUUUGUUGCACUUGCUGAAAAUAAGCUACAUCCCUUUGCCCUAUAGGUACCUAUGUUUUAUUUUCCUUCAGAUUUUGUUACAUAAAGAGCUACCCCUUACAUGGCCUUAGCCAACUGCUUAAGACGCCAAAAUUCCGAUCGGUUUCGUUUUUGGUUAACAAUGAGUUCAUUUCGUACACGAAAUUUGACUGACAGCAAUGUAAAUUGAAUGGGGGGCAUUCGAAAUUGUAUCAAAUUUCGAAUGCGAGAAUAUUGAAAAAUAUGACCCCAGGUGCCAGCUCUGCUUACUGACCAUAAGGUUGAAACCCUACAUAAUAGUCUAAUGAUUUGCUUCCCCUUAUUACGAGUGUUAGGCUGCGAACCGCACUUUUCCUAAUAAUUAUUGGUGCUAAAAUCCAAUUUGCCUCAUCCCAGGAUAUAGCCUUUAAUUAAACAUUUUUUAUAAUUGAUGCUUACACUGACGGGUAAAAAUAGUUUUCAUUAAAAAAAAAGUUUAUUGUUAUUGUUACUAAUUGAUUGCUUUAUGUAUUAAUAAUUCUUGCAUAAAAUUGUCCAUUUCAUUUUUCAUUGUUCUAGUCAAUACUUUUAGGAAUGCAUUGCACUUUGCAGGGUAAGCAGGUGCAUAAGGAUCCCCUUUUUCAAAAAUACACUCCUGGACAAAAUUAUCGCACCACUGCUUAUGGCGAUGCUUAUGUGCAGUGGUGCGAUAAUUUUGUCCAGGAGUAAAUAUUAGUUUUUGAAGAGUUAUUGUACUAUAAAUAUAUAAACAAUGAAAAUUUACUCUAUCCUUUAAAUAUUCUAUAUUUUCAAUAUUGUCAAUGGUUUUGUGUUUAGACAAAAUUUUAACCGAUUGCAUCUGAUGCAGUUUGAAGUAAAAAAAAAUCCAUUCUUCUAUCUCAUUCCAGAAACAUAAAAACCGCAUUAUGCAAGGACAAAAAGGUUGUCUGUGAGUGAUAAUAAAUUAUUGCAGAAAAAUAACAAUAACACAAAAUUAAUUUAAAAAAAAUUAAUAUACCGCUCCUAAACAAUUUGUCCAUAUUAUUAUUGUUAUUUAAUUUGAAAAAAAAAACAAUUAUUUUAAAAACUGUGUAUUUAUUUAUUUAGCCAGAUAAGUUUUAAUUUUUAUUCCAAUGAUUGUUUGUAAAUAUGUGUAAACUAUUUUUUUAUAUGAAUAGGAGCUACCUAUGUAAUAGAAUGUUUCGUGGAGAUUAUGUCGACAUUUAAUUUAUUGGCUUGCAAAAAUGAUGCUGUGUGAUGAAUUAGCUCAAAAAAUAUAGCAUUGUGAUUUAUACAAAAUAAAAUUUUGAAUCAUUGUCAAAAUAUUUUGACAUUCAAAUUUCUACAAAAAUGUCCUCAAAAAUGUGCCAGGCGAAAGAACUUUAUAGUCAUAUUUGUAUAACUUUUAUUAAAAUUCCAUAUAGGAAAUUGAGAAUACCCUAAAAUAUGUCUAAAUUUAAUAUUCGAUGUAUUGUUGUAUUGUUACUGCGAAAAUUUUCCAAUAAAAUCUUUGGACUGAUAAUUGUUUUCUUGAAAUACAUUGCUUAUCAAUUUUAGAAAUAUUUUACUACAAAAUAAACUAAUUUUGUAAAUACCAUGAAAUACAUAUGUGAUUUUUCUGUAUUCUACUCAUACUUGUUUUUUUUUUUUUGGUAAAAGGUACUUGAAAUAUAAAUAUUUACUAAUUUA